AUGGCCAACAAUUCCUCUUCAUCCUCCUCCAGCAUCUAUCUGAUCCACUGUGCAGACGCUGUAGAUGGAGUUUACAUUUCCAUCGCCUACUACAUCAUUCGGACUCUCCUCUUCAUCCCUCUCUGCACCUACGUCCUCCACCUGGGUUACCGACAAUGGCGGCAGCAGCGCUCUUUUGCAACAACCAGCCACUCAGAUAUCUUCACCUACCACAUGGUCGCCCUGGAGAUGCUCCUUGCUGUGGGGUGUGCGUUCUACUUUUAUGGUAGACUUACUCCAAACUUUGUGGUGAUGAAUCUGGGCUUUUAUCUGUCCUAUCUGAGCAUCCCUGGACAGAUCAGCUUUCAUGUCCUGACCUGUUUGGAGAGAUACCUGGCUGUUGUCCACCCAGUCUUGUACAUGAAGCUGAAACAGUCUGGUGGGGUCAGGAUCAGGAACAUCAGCACACUGUGUGUUUGGCUUUUUGCAAUUGGAUGGACCGGACUGCUGGACCAUUGGGGCAAUGCAUUACCCUAUAAUGAGACUUUUUGUGCACUGGCUGUCUUCUUUACCCUGAUCUCUUUUUGCAGCCUUGUUGUUCUCUGUGUUCUGAUUCGUCCAGGGCCUGGGAAAGCUGGCAGGAACAAGGAGAGGGUUAAUCAAUCAAAGCAAAAGGCUUUCUACACCAUCAGUUUUAUCUUGGCUAGUCUCUGGUUGUGGUUUGGAGCCCUGCUAGUUGGGCUUGCUCUGGACAAAUCCACCCUGCUGAGUUACAAAGCUGGAUGUCUGGCGCUGGUGUCUGCAAACUGGUUUGGUCUGCCCUGUAACCUAGUGUCGCCUCUGCUGUUCCUGCACAGGGCGAGGAAACUCACCUGUAGAUGUUAAAGGGAUAUUCCACCGUAAAAUUACUUUAGGGUCAAACACACCGCAACGCCGAGUUAGACACCCCCCCUCCAGAGAUGAAUGUUGCCAACCGCUUGCUUCUCUAGUUUUACCAACUUUAGGAUAGCAAUACAGAGAGCCACGUGCUCAACCAAAACGCCACUCUAUAGCCACCUUGCUGAGUUACGAAGCUGGGUGUCUGGCACUGGUGUCUGCAAACUGGUUUGGUCUGCCAUGUAACCUAGUGUCACCUCUGCUGUUCCUGCACAGGGUGA